GAGGAGGGGGCGGGGACAGAGGGGCUGAGAGAAGGGGAAUGGCAGUUGCGGCGCCGCUUCCCGGGAACUGCGGUCGAGGCCGAACUGCGGAGGAGUAGUUGAGGAGAGCGACGGCCGGGAACCCUCCUCUGCUCUCCCGCCGCCUCAGCCCAGAGACGCCUCAGCGGGUCUGAGGGACCCUCCCCCGUACCUCCCUGCACCUCCCGCCGCCGCCGCGGGGAGAUGGGCCUACUCGCCCGCAGCCCCGCGCCCGCCGCUGCUCGGAGGACUUGAAGAAAUCAGCGACAACAAUCUUCUACAAGUUUCUCAAGAAUUUCUGAAAGAACCAAGUAGGAUUUUCUUACAUCAUGACUUAAUCUGAAUGCAAGAACAAGAAAUAGGUUUAAUCUCUAAAUAUAAUGAAGGACCGUGUGUAAACACAGGCCCUAACUCAAUUCUAAUGAGCAUUUUAGACAUGAGUUUACAUCGGCAAAUGGGUUCAGAUCGAGAUCUUCAGUCUUCUACUUCAUCUGUGAGCUUGCCUUCAGUCAAAAAGGCACCUAAAAAAAGAAGAAUUUCAAUAGGCUCUCUGUUUCGGAGGAAAAAGGAUAACAAGCGUAAAUCAAGGGAGCUAAAUGGCGGGGUGGAUGGAAUUGCAAGUAUUGAAAGUAUACAUUCUGAAAUGUGUACUGAUAAGAACUCCAUUUUCUCUACAAAUACCUCCUCUGACAAUGGAUUAACUUCCAUCAGCAAACAAAUUGGAGACUUUAUAGAGUGCCCUUUGUGCCUUUUGCGGCAUUCAAAAGACAGAUUUCCAGAGAUAAUGACUUGCCAUCAUAGAUCUUGUGUGGAUUGCUUACGACAAUAUCUGAGGAUAGAAAUCUCUGAAAGCAGAGUUAAUAUCAGUUGCCCAGAGUGUACUGAGCGGUUUAAUCCCCAUGAUAUUCGGUUAAUAUUAAGUGAUGAUGUCCUAAUGGAAAAAUACGAAGAAUUUAUGCUUAGACGGUGGCUUGUGGCUGAUCCUGAUUGUAGAUGGUGUCCAGCUCCAGACUGUGGAUAUGCUGUAAUAGCAUUUGGAUGUGCAAGCUGUCCAAAAUUAACAUGUGGACGAGAAGGCUGUGGAACAGAGUUUUGCUACCACUGUAAACAGAUUUGGCACCCCAACCAGACUUGUGAUGCUGCUCGACAAGAGAGAGCCCAGAGUUUACGUCUAAGAACUAUACGUUCUUCAUCCAUUACUUAUAGUCAAGAGUCUGGAGCAGCAGCUGAUGAUAUAAAGCCAUGCCCACGAUGUGCUGCUUAUAUAAUAAAGAUGAACGAUGGGAGCUGUAACCACAUGACAUGUGCAGUCUGUGGUUGUGAGUUUUGUUGGUUAUGCAUGAAAGAAAUCUCAGACUUACAUUAUCUAAGUCCAUCAGGAUGUACUUUUUGGGGGAAGAAACCCUGGAGCCGAAAGAAGAAAAUAUUAUGGCAGCUGGGAACGCUUGUUGGUGCUCCUGUAGGAAUUGCUUUAAUAGCUGGCAUUGCUAUUCCCGCAAUGAUUAUUGGCAUUCCUGUAUAUGUGGGCCGCAAGAUUCACAAUCGAUAUGAAGGCAAGGAUGUUUCCAAGCACAAGCGAAAUUUGGCCAUAGCAGGUGGUGUAACAUUGUCUGUAAUCGUAUCUCCAGUUGUAGCUGCAGUAACUGUAGGUAUUGGUGUUCCUAUUAUGUUAGCUUAUGUCUAUGGCGUUGUUCCAAUUUCUCUCUGUCGAAGUGGAGGUUGUGGAGUCUCAGCAGGCAAUGGAAAAGGAGUCAGAAUUGAAUUUGAUGAUGAAAAUGAUAUAAAUGUUGGUGGAACUAACACGGCUAUAGACACAACUUCAGUGGCAGAAGCAAGACACAACCCUAGCAUUGGAGAGGGGAGUGUUGGUGGUCUGACCGGCAGUUUGAGUGCAAGUGGAAGCCACAUGGAUCGAAUAGGAGCUAUUCGAGACAACCUGAGUGAAACUGCCAGCACCAUGGCACUAGCUGGAGCCAGUAUAACGGGAAGUCUGUCAGGGAGUGCCAUGGGAAACUGUUUCAACAGGUUGGAGGUGCAAGCAGAUGUACAGAAAGAACGGUACAGCCUAAGUGGAGAAUCCGGCACAGUGAGCUUGGGAACAGUUAGUGAUAAUGCCAGCACUAAAGCAAUGGCGGGAUCCAUUCUGAAUUCCUACAUCCCAUUGGACAAAGAUGGCAGCAGUAUGGAGGUGCAAGUAGACAUUGAAUCAAAACCAUCCAAAUUCAGGCACAACAGUGGAAGCAGUAGUGUGGAGGAUGGCAGUGCCUCCAGAAGUCAUCUUGGGGGUUCCUCUAGUGGCUUACCUGAAGGUAAAUGCAGUGCCACCAAGUGGUCCAAAGAAGCAACAGCAGGAAAGAAAUCUAAAAGUGGUAAAUUGAGGAAAAAGGGUAACAUGAAGAUCAAUGAGACCAGAGAAGACAUGGAUGCACAGUUAUUAGAACAACGAAGUACAAACUCCAGUGAAUUUGAGGCCCCAUCGCUCAGUGACAGUAUGCCAUCUGUAGCGGAUUCGCAUUCUAGUCAUUUUUCUGAAUUUAGCUGUUCUGACUUAGAAAGCAUGAAAACUUCUUGUAGUCAUGGUUCCAGUGAGUAUCAUGCUCGCUUUGCUACUGUUAACAUUCUUCCUGAGGUAGAAAAUGACCGCCUGGAAAACUCCCCCCAUCAGUGUAGCAUUUCUGUGCUUACCAAAACUGCCUCAUGCUCGGAAGUUCCACAGUCAAACCAUAUUGCUGAAGAACAUGGUAACAAUGGAAUAAAAUCCAAUGUUGACUUAUAUUUUGGUGAUGCACUAAAAGAAACAAAUAAUAACCACUCACAUCAGACAAUGGAAUUAAAAGUUGCGAUUCAGACUGAAAUUUAGACCUGUAAAUGCUGCAAAAAUAAUCAUCACUGAACGACUUUGUUUGGAGCUGGUUGAGCUACAUGUGACGACAGUUAAGUUUUCAAGUCACCAGCAAAUGCCAGGUUCUAGAAUCAUAAUGUAGAUACUUUUUUCCGUGUUAAGCAAAGCAUUGUGUUUCAUGUGGACUUUAGUUACCAAACUCUGAAGUAAAGGCUUUAAAAGUGCAUUCUUUAUGGACAAUAAAUCUUAAAGGAAAAUGUGGGGGUUUUGUGUGUGUAUGUCUGUUUGUCACAAAACAUUGCUUAGAGCACAUACUUGUAUAUUUAGAUAGAAAUUUGACUUGAUUUAUAAUCCAAACGGAAUAUUAGUGCAGUUCUGCAGCAAUUUACGAAGAAAACUUGAGGUUUAGAAGGAGUGGUUAGUGACAUUUUAUUGAAACCACUAAGGGAUACUGUUUAAAGAAAUUUGCAAGUUAUACUCAUUAUAUAUUUGUAAUGUGUCUAGUCAUAACUAGACAUGUGUCAUUUUUUUUCUUCAUAUGCAAUGUGAAUAUAUAAAGCUUAAUGCAGCCCAUCUGUUACCAUUUGGAUACUUAGACACUUUAGGCAAGAUCAUGGCAGUUUUUGCACAACUUUGAAAUAGAAAGUCCUGGUACUCUAUAAAUCUUGUAUAUUAUUGAUGCCAUCUUAGAAGAAAAGGUGUAAAGGUAGGUAAUUACGUAUAUUGACAGCACCAAAUAAGAUAUAAAACUGCAAAAUAAAAUUCUUACUAGUUUAUAAGUAUUAAAAAAUCAUCAGUUUCACUAAGGGGAAAUAUAUAUAUACCCCACUAUUUCUUGGUGCCUUUGGAAUAGACUGGAUUUUAAGGGCCUUGUUGCUUGAGAGCUUUGCUGUAUUAUUUUCCAUAUUGUCCUCUCAGCCACUGGAUUAUGUAGAACAUCACAGGUUAAACAUGAUAUAACUAAUGACAGCGCUAAACAAAAAGUAUUAGCCUACCAAAGACAUACUCAGGCUUUUGUGAAUAACUUUACAUAACCUCAGUUUUUAACAUAUAUAUAGUUUUCUCCAAUCAUGAAAUCAGUGCAUGGUACAGAGUUUGUGCCAGUACUAAGAAGGUACCACAUAUGACUCACUUUAUUUUAUUUUGCUUUUGUUUAUGAAAGAUGUGCAGCUGACAUAAACAGAAGUUGGCCAAAAUACUACCUGUACUGUUAACUUCCUAUCAAUUUCACAUAAAUAAAACAGGUUAACCUCAUUGAUAGCAAUCAAAUUUUUUUUAAGUAUUACCAUCAUGGUGCUACUAAGCAUUUUCUUUCGAUAAAAAUAAAAACGCCACGGGCUGCCGCCUUCUUCCAUUUCUCUCCUCGCCGGCCCCAUUAAUGUGCGCAUAGCACUAGUGCCGGUGACUGUAUUUGAUGAUGCUGACUAGGGUCUUUGCACAUUUGUUUGCAUUCCAAUUUUGUUCAGUAGUGUGUAAACUGCAUACAUGAAAUAAAUGUAAAUAUCUAUGUA